ACAUUAUGGAGGCAAGACACUGAAAAGUUAAGACAAUGAAAUGGCAUGACUUAAAAAAAUAGUUUGUUUGUUUAGCAGCCAUGUCAUCUCAGACAGCCUGUUUGACGACAGUUAAAAGCUGGGUGUUAGUGGUUUAUUUAGAGGAGGAUGUUCUCAGUCACCCGCUACCUUUGGAGGAGAUUGAGGACUUGUCAGGUCAAAAUGGUGUGGAGGCUGACCUGCGGGAGAGACAGCUGUGUUUAGCUCGUUACUAUGUUGGAGAUGGAAUGCACAGGGCAGUUAUAGUUAAAAGAUCAGAGAAUCAAGAGGAACUGAUGAACUUCUACAAUGAAGUAAUGAAGCUGGAGAAAGAUGAACAAACAAAAAAUAGAAACAAGAACCUUUGGCAUUACACUAAGGUGAUAGGAGGAAGUGUGGUGGUGGGUGGCUUAGCCGUGGCGGCUGCUCCACUUGCUCUCUCUGCAGCAGGCUUCUCUAGUGGAGGUAUUGUGGCAGGUUCUUUGGCUGCACGUCUGAUGUCCAUGGCAGCGAUUGCUAACGGUGGUGGUGUGGCAGCUGCCAGUGCAGGAGGCUGGAUUGCUGCUCUACAAUCUGCUGGUGCUGCUGGAAUAUCUGCUACUACAAAUGCUGUGAUCGGCACAACAGCAGGGGGAUUGUUUGGCCUUUUUAGUGGUAGAAAGAAAUCAUCAAGAGGUAAUGGGGAGUCAAAAGAAGGCAAUGGAGAGACAAAAGACAUAAGGAACACUGUCAGAUGUGCCAGGAAGACAUCAGAAUUAGAUAUGGAUAGACAGACAUCUGAUCAUAGGACAGCAAAUAAUAAUUCAGCACAGACAACUGACCCUGGAGAUCCCAGACAUUCUGAAGACCAACAGGAAUUUUCCUUACGACCUAACCAGAAUUCAUCAAGAUCAGCGGUCAAUAUUCUAGAAGAGGAGUUGAAUUCUGAUUUUCAGUCUCUUAGUUUUAAUGAAGAUGCAAAAAAUCUGUAUCGUGAAAAUCUGAGACUUCAGGAGGAGAAUCAAUGUAAGAUCUGUAUGGAUUGUGAAAUGAAUACUCUGUUUGAGCCGUGUGGCCAUCUUUGUGCCUGUCAACAGUGUGCCUCACAGCUGAGAAAAUGUCCAAUCUGUAACCAGAAAGUCAAAAAGUUACACAGAGUGUACAAGUCCUAAAGUUACACAGAGUGUACAAGUCCUAAAGACAGUCCUGUCUCUUGUUCCAGAUUGCUGUAUCUGGUAUAAUUACUUUUUGUUCAGAUAGUAAAGCUAUAUUCUUAUUUAUGGCCAGAAGUGAGCAGUAAGCAGUAUAUCUAUUGAGCUACAAUGACUCAUUUUCUGUCCCCGUAAUGAUAAAAUGUUCAUAGUGUACUUAACAUGUAUAUAUUUUAAUAAAUUAUCAUGUAUAUUG